AGUGAAUUUGGAUAUCUGUGUGUGGCGUUUGGAUCAUUGUGAAGUUUUGAUCACGAUGAAUUCAAUUGUGGAGAUUCAUCCCAAAGAAUUGAAGUUUGUAGUUGAGUUGAUGAAGCAAAGCUCAUGCUCCAUUCGACUUACCAACACGUCCGACCGCCAUGUUGCUUUUAAGGUUAAAACUACUUCCCCCAAGAAAUACUGUGUACGACCAAAUGUAGGUGUUAUCUUGCCAAAAUCAUCUUGUGAAUUCUCAGUUACAAUGCAAGCUCUCAAGACAGCUUUGCCUGAUAUGGAUUGCAAAGAUAAGUUUUUAAUCCAAAGCACAGCUGUUUCUUCUGAGACAACUGACGCGGAUAUUACAGCUAGCAUGUUUGCGAAAGGUGAGGGUAAAUACGUUGAAGAGAAAAAGCUAAGAGUAUUCUAUAUCAGCCCACCUGAUUCGCCAAUGCUGUCACCAAUCAAGGUAGACUUGAAGCAAGGGCAGGGCCAUGAAGCUUCAAUGCUAAAUGAUCCAGUAUUUAGUGGAGUGGAAACACUCCCUCCUCACAAAAUGGUUUCAAAGGAUGGAAAGUUCAGAGCUGUAAACAGUGAGGAGUCAAAGCCAUCAAAGGAAACUGAGGUGAAACCAGCAAAGCAUGUGGAAAUGAAAGUAAGAAAAGAAGAGGAAUUGAAACCAGCAGAAGCUGUGGAAUUGAAACCAACAAAAUAUGAGGCGGUGGAAGCAACAGAGGAUGUGGAGUCAAAAUCAACUAAUGCUGUGGACAUGGAACCAGCCAAAGAUGUGGAGUUGAAAUCAGCUAAGGUUGUGGAAUUGGAACCAGCAAAAGAUAUGGAGUUGAAUCAUGCAAAGAAUGUGGAGAUGAAACCAUCUGAGGCUUUGCUUUUGAAACGAGUAAAAGAUGUAGAGGCAGAUAAAGCACAGGUUGUGGAAGAUUUGAAGUUGGUUAAAGAUAUUGAGGAGAUGAAAUCAAAGCUACUUGAACUUGAACUAAAGCUGAGCCAGGCUGAAGUUACUAUCUCGAAGCUAACAGAGGAGAGGAGUUCAAGCAUGCAAGAGAUAAAAGAUUUGAAGGAGCAAUUAGGGUAUUUGAGUAAAGGUGGUGUGCAACGAGUCGAGUUCCCUGUCAUAUUUGCUUGCAUGGUGGCACUUUUCAGUAUCCUCGUUGUUAUAGCUAUAGCUGUUAAAAGUUUAAGCAUGAAGGUAGUAUCAUCACUUUGAACUUAGAUGAAUAGGUUUGAAAACCUCUUGCUCUUAUAGUGUAUAGAUGAGGUAUAGAGGGGAGAGUAGCCAAUAUACUCACAGUUAAGUGCAGUAAAUGUUCAUAGACCAAAAGCUAAGAACUAAGAAGCCAUCUUUUGGUUGACUACAUUUCUUGUUCCGGGAUUGUCACUUGUUCAUGAGAACCAAUGAUGUUGUGUAGAUGCUAUUGUGAUGUUGGUUGGAAAAAAAUAGGAUGACAGUCGAGGAAGAUUGUUGUCAUAGUUUUACAAUGAUUAAUAUGCAGACUUGUUUUGGGUCUGGAGUGAGGACUAUAUACACAUAUACUUGUUUCCUUUGUAUGCAGACUAAUCCGAACAGGUUUGGUUCUCAAUUACAAGGACGUAAUGUUCUAAAGAUGGUAGUUUGUGCUUAUGAGCUUUGUAUUUUGGAUUUGUGGUAUUCACACUCCAUUUUGU